AUGUUCCUUCGUCCCAAAGACCAAACCGGUCUCUGUUAUGAAGCUGUUCUCAUCGAAGAGGUGGACGCCAGGAUAAAGUUCCAAUGGCUUCUCAAAGAUCAACCCCAGCAAAAGACGCUGGCUUUGGUCGAUGGCCACCUCAACUUGGAGUCUUAUCUUGGCCUCUACAGCUCUGCAAAGGCACUUGGAGCCAAGGUGGUGCUUCUAGAUCGGAAAGAUCAUUGGAUCACUGAUCCCGCUUUCCAUCACUUGUACGAUGACUACAUCGCCAUCGACAUGACACCAGAUGAAGAGUUCCAUGUGCGAAUUGCCGAGGCUGUCAAGGCAUAUGGACAUGUUGACGGCAUCUGCGGUAUCGCCACAUACUCCCUCCCUCCUGUGGCCAAGGCGGCAACUCUGUUAGGCUUGCCUACUGAACCACCAGAGGCAAUUACCAUGGCAAACGACAAGUACCAGACAAGGCUCCUCGACCAGGACCCUGUCCUUUCGGCCAUGGUUGACAGAGUGUCUGAUCUUGAGGAGUGCAUCAAGGACAAGUCUUUCGUGCCCGAGUAUCCCCUCAUCGUCAAGCCAACCUUUGGGACAGGGUCCGCCCAUGUUCACAAAGUUGACGAUGAAGCAGCCCUGCUAGAGGCAGUACGUCGCAUCACAGAAGUCGCCAAGAGAAAGGCUCUGAUCGAGACGUAUGUCGAGGGGCCAGAAGUGGAUGCCAACUUUGUUCUUGUGGAUGGAGAGAUUCUCUUUUUCGAAAUGAAUGACGACUUUCCAACCGCCGGAGACCAGGGGGAUAUUGACAGCGACUUUUGGGAGACCAUCAACGCUUUCCCAACUGUUCUUCCACCCGAUGAGUUCGCGCUCUUGCGUGACGAGAUGCAUCGCCUGUUGCUUGCCAUGGGUCUCAAGACUGGAGUCUUUCAUCUUGAGGCCAAGGUACAGAAUUCGUCUUCCGAGUACAGGCUUAAAGACAGUGUCUACGACUUGUGCCCGAAAGAAGGCUCUGUGAAGAACUCCCCAAAGCGAUGCUUCACCAUUGAGGUCAACCCUCGACCACCGGGAAUGGCCAACUGCUACGGGUCGGGUGCAACCUACGGCGUCAACUUUUAUGACAUCCAUGUUUUGCGGAUGCUGGGAGAUACUGAGCGAAUUCGGGCGCUGUCGAAGCCGUUUGAGCCUCACUCAACCAUUCCAUACAAUGCGAGGAUAUGGUCCGACCUGUUUUGGCUCAGAGCCGACAAGGGCGGCAUCUGUGCCACGGACACGGUCUGUAGUGAGACGCUAGAGAAGUUGUCACCAGAGGAUCGGGCACUCAUUACUAGAUCUUGCUGCUUCUAUCGACGCGGAGAGCGCAUACCAGACCCGACGGAUGGAGUGGUGAGACUUGGAGGUUUCUUCUUUCUCUCGUCUCGUAAAAGUAGGACAGAUAUUUUGCGUGCGACAGCUGGUUUGGUCAAGUACAACUCGAUUCCGGUUACCACAAGCUAG